AUGGUCAAGACACUUCCGUUUGGCGACCUGCAGGUCCCUGUUCCCGGCUUUGGCGCCAUGGGCCUCAAUUCUGCCAUGGGAACAGACCUCAAUCUUGAGCAGUCCGAGCCUGUUCUUCUAAAAGCCAUCGAGCUUGGCUGUACGUUCUGGGAUACUGCAGUCGCCUACAAGAAUGGCGAAAAUGAGAAGCUCCUGGGAGAGUUUAUAAAGAACCACAAUGUCCGCGAGAAGCUUUUUGUUGCCUCAAAGUGUGGAUUCGAUGUCUUCGGCCCGCAGCGGAAAGUAGACAAUUCCGCCACUCACAUAAAAAAGUACAUCGAGGGCACGAUCGAAAGACUUGGUUUCACUCCUGAUCUUUACUACUUGCACCGAAUCGACCCAAACACCCCCCUCGAAGAGUCCAUCACUGCCUUGGACGAACUUCGCCGUGCAGGAAAGACCAAGUACAUUGGUCUAUCUGAAUGCUCUGCUGAAACCCUGCGCAAGGCAAAUGCAAUCGCCAAGAUUGACGCCGUUCAAGCCGAGUACUCGGCUUUCGAGACCUUGCACGAGACAAGUGGCCUGAUUGACACAGCGAAGGAGCUGGGCGUGGCAUUUGUGGCAUUCAGCCCUCUUGGUCACGGCUGGCUUGUUGAUGACUUCCAGUUCAAGUCGCCGGAUGAUUUCGCCGCUACUGAUUUCCGCCGCACUGUUCCAAAAUUCCAAGGCGAGAAUUUCUAUAAGAAUAAGGCUAUCGUCGACGAGAUCAAGAAGUUAGCCAGUUGGAAGGGGUGCUCGGUGGCGCAGAUCGCGUUGGCUUGGGCUGCUGCGCAGGGGCUGAUUACAAUUCCCGGAACGACCAAGGCAUCACGGUUAACUGAGAACUGGGCAUCUCGUGAUAUCGAACUGACAUUAGAAGAGCUGGGGGAGAUGCGGACGAUUGUGGAUGCUGCGAAGCCGGUUGGUGAGCGGUUUGCUCCUAUCUUCCAGUCGAUGGUAGGCCAUUAA